AUGCUCUUCAGAACUGUAAGUUCUGUAUUUGCUGGAGGGUGUCAACGGCAGUUGCCUUUUUUAAGAUCUAGGAUUAGUUUAAUGUCAGAUAGGCAAGUUAAGAAGGGUUCCGUUAGACAGGUUUCUCCAUCAGACAUCGAAGAUGACCAUUUAACUGGAAUUAGUUCUUCAGGGAGGAAAAAGAUGAAGAAGAACAAUGGAAUGCGAGCCUUGCGUGAUGAAUCUGGAUUUAAAUUAAAAGUUCAAGAUAUAGGGAUUUCUAGACAUAAGCAAGUAGAUCCAGAAUAUGAAGUACAAGUCAAAGGACCAUUAAGAAUAGUACUGCCGUACAAUUUUACCUAUAAAACUUUCUGCAAACUGAGAUGGCGAGAUAGGAAGUUGUUCGAUAUCUUCGUUGAUGAAUUUAGAGAUCGUGAAAAAAGUUACUACAGAAAGGUGAUUACCCAAGGAGCUGUUCUAUUGAACGACAUUCCGUCUACAAUGGAUAGUAUCGUUCGUAACGGUGAUUUAAUUACGCAUAAUACCCAUCGGCAUGAACCUCCUGUUACAUCUAGACCAAUCAAAACAGUGUUCGAAAAUGACGACAUUUUAGUUAUUGACAAACCAAGUGGGAUUCCAGUGCAUCCAACUGGAAGGUAUCGAUUCAACACUAUUACAAAAAUUUUAGAAAACCAGCUGGGCUACACUGUUCACCCCUGUAACAGACUGGAUAGAUUAACUAGCGGAUUGAUGUUUUUAGCCAAGACUCCAAAAGGUGCAGACAUCAUGGGAGAUCAACUGAAGGCUAGAGAAGUCACAAAGGAGUAUGUUGCAAGAGUCGUUGGAGAGUUUCCAGUUGAACCGAUUACUGUUUCUCAGCCCUUAAAGACGAUUGAACCUAAGUUAGGUCUGAAUAAGACAUGCGAUAUAAAUGAAGAAGGCGCCAAAGAAGCGAAAACUAGGUUCAGAAGAAUCAGUUUUGAUGGAGAGACCAGUAUAGUGAAAUGUCAGCCAUAUACUGGAAGAACUCACCAAAUCCGCGUUCACUUACAAUACUUGGGAUACCCAAUUGCAAACGAUCCUAUAUAUUCCAAUCCUCACAUUUGGGGCCCCACUCUAGGAAAGGGAUGUGAGGCAGAUUACGAACAGAUCAUAUCUAAACUCAAUGAAAUUGGUAAAACAAAGUCUGCCGAAAGCUGGUACCAUCCAAACUCUGAAGGUGAGGUGCUAAUGGGGAAGCAAUGUUCUCAAUGUGAAGCUGAUCUGUACACAAACCCAGGACCUAACGACCUUGACUUAUGGCUCCAUGCAUACUGCUAUGAAUCGACUGAGAUUGACCGCGAAGGAAAUAAGAAAUGGAGUUAUCGCACCUGUUUCCCCGAAUGGGCAUUGGCACCUCACAAAAAGUACUUAGAGCUCGCAGUUGAAGAGGCCAAAAAAUGCGAGCCAACUACCACAGCUUUCAGUGUGGGUGCAGUUUUGGUGAACGGCACCGAUAUCAUCUCAGCAGGAUACUCCAGAGAAUUUCCUGGCAACACCCACGCGGAGCAAUGUGCCCUCGAGAAAUAUUUUAAGCGCACAAAUCAGAAAUUCACCCCUCCAGGAACAAUCAUAUACACCACAAUGGAACCAUGUUCUUACCGGCUAAGUGGUAAUGAACCAUGUGUUCAGAGAAUCAUCAAACAAAAAGGUAAUAUAUCAACUGUCUUUGUAGGUGUCAUGGAACCGGACACCUUUGUUAAGAAUAACUCAAGCUUCGUCUCACUAAAACAACAUGGUAUUGAUUACAUAUUGAUUCCAGGCUAUGAAGAAGCAUGCAUCAAAGCUGCAACCAAGGGUCACAAGCCCUCAACGACCGUUAAUUGA